CACAGAAAAAAAAGAAAUUGCCCCGCUGCCUACGGGAUACAUUGGGAAUGAUUUGGACGACAGGAAGGAACCUCCCAUAGCCCAACCGCCAAAAUGCUAACAGUCACAACCAGAGUCACGGGGGUGCCGGCGUCCCCCUCAUCCGACGCUGCCGCCGUAAAACCUAUCUCCACAACGAACUCCCCCUUCCCACUUGAGCCCACAAAUCGGCGUCGCCUCCUUCAUGCGGCGGUCUCCCUCUCUGCCGCGGCGAUAACCCUGACUCUUCCCGCGCAAAUCGCCGAAGCCCGCGGCCUCUUCCAGAUGCCACCGUUUCGUCUCAUCAAUCGGUGCUUCCUGUCUCAUACUACUUGGUAAGAGCUGGGGAAUCUGAAUAUGAGGACAUGGGGAUAAUCAACACGAAUCCUGUUGCCAAAACAUCCGUCGAUAACGGUCUUUCGGAGAAGGGGAAAAAACAGACUGUGAAAGCUGCUCUGAAACUCAAGGCCAUGGGAGCUUGUGACGAUGGCUGCUGGAUUUGGCCGUCUAUUACCCAGAGGGCCUACCAGGCCGCUGAAGUCAUAGCUGCAGUUAAUGGAAUCAGUAGGAGUUAUAUAGUUCCUGAGUAUAGCUUCUUGGAUGCUCGUGGGUUGGGAGGUUAUGAAGGCAGGAGCUUGGAAGUUGUCUCUGAGGUGUAUGCAUCAGAUACUGUUUCCCCAAGAAACAAGCCUCCUCCGAUAGACGAUGGGACACCGAGUGAGAGUGUCGAGGAUGUGUUUGUUCGCGUCACUCAACUCAUGUCGAUUCUGGAGACCCAGUAUUCUGGAGAGACAGUCAUAAUUGUGUCUCCCGAUUCUGACAAUUUAACAGUCUUGCAAGCUGGUUUAGUUGGUCUUGACCUUCGAAGGCAUCAUGAACUCUCUUUUGAGCCUGGGGAAGUUCGAUUUGUCGAUAUCAACAGUAUACCUGCGUAUAAGCAGCCUGCAUCUGCUGUAUAUAAAUGUCUAAACCCACCAAGUUGUACCUAAGAUUCCAACUGUGCGUUGAUUGAAGAGUUACAACUAGUAGCACGUUAUGCCAUCUUGUACCCAUAAUCAAUUCUGGUAUAUAUGCAUUCCUUGCAAAUUGUACAUGCUGCAUAAUUGACAUUGUGGUCUAUGUUCAAAUCUAAAAUCCUGUCAUGGGUGCUGUUAAAUGAGAAGAGGAGGCAUCUGUCACUUCGUCUCAUCUUUCUUUAAA